AUGGCACCUUCACACUCGUUUCCACUUGUAUUUCUGUCCCUCAUUUUGCAUCAAAUUUCUUGCGCCUUCGCUGCCCCCUGGAUAGUCACCAAAGUGUAUGAGCAAGAUGUCUCCACCUAUGAUUACGGCUACAAGACCACAACAAGGACUCGCAUUGAUGAAAUCACGCCGACAGCAUCACCGAUGCCUGCUGCCCUUUCAACAAAAACUUAUAUAACUAGCGACAGUUAUGACGAUGCUGUAACAAUUGUUCAAGUGCUGUAUCCAUCUGGUGCAGGGAUUGAGUCGACCUACAAUUACCGUGAUUCAAAUAUCAUCACGCAGUACUAUGUGAACAUGGUAUACACAGCCCCAACAUCCUGCUCUUCGCAGUGGACCCUGACCACUGCGGUUCCGGUCUAUGUUCCCAACGCUAUUGAAGACGCUUUGCUUGCGACGUCCAUGUCAACGAGCUACUCCGUGGACGAUAGCCAACCCUUUCAACCAACCACAUAUACCAAUGCUCUUGCAUUCAUUGAUCCUACACAAGUGCCGGCAUCGAGUCUGAGCAGGCUUAGUAACUCCUACAAGCCCUACACCAUGUACCAAGAGUACGGGUGCUAUGACAGCAGCUCCUCUAGCAGCAGCAGCUCCUCGUACUAUGGUGGUAGUGACGGCGGCAACUGGCUCUACGACAGCUCUUAUUACGGUGUUAUCUCUCCCCUUGGUAUUCUGCUUAUCUCCCUUCUGGGAUGGUUCGGAGUAUGGUUCAUCAUCGGCCUCAUCGAGAAUUGGUUUCAGUUUCGACGCUUGAUGAGGGGUUGGCAGGCUCGCCGAGGAUUCCCAAUUUCUUGGUGCAUGCUCGCUCCUAUUGUCUCCUGUCUGCUCCUUCUGUUCUGCCGCAAAGGCUUUCAGGCUCGUACUUCCGAGGAGGCGCAGGUGCUUAAAGAGAAAUGGCAGCAAAUGGGAUCCUGGAGGAAAGUCGGCCUGUGGCUUCGGUGGGGUUUCGGAUUCAGUUAUCCACCCAUGCUGGGUCCUGCUCCAGUCAAGGUUGGAAGGCCGUCCAAGCGGCCUGUUGCUGCCACCGCUCCUCUGCUUAUCGAAUCCCCGCCACGGAGCGUCAUGUCAGAUAUCCAUUCAGAUUCGGGAAGCAAUCGCGGAGGCAGUGCUGCCCCUGGUCCAGCAAUGGCCUAUAUUCCGACGUCAGGCCAGACGCUGCAAGUUCCAGCUUCAUUACCGCCAAACAGACAAGUCCGACAACAGCAAGCCGCCACUCGGCCCAUACUUGAAAAUCCUUCAACGACUAGCGGUGCUCAUCCCGCUGAUCAUAACAUACAUGCAACAGAACCGUCUAGUGAGCCCCGGGCAUCAUAG